GGCCUCAGGAGAAGCUGCCGGGGGAGGGGGUGUGUCCUGCGGGCAGCGAGCCCCGGAAGGCCCCGGCUCCCCGGGGCAGUCCUCACUUCCAGGCCGGGCGGCUGGAGGCGCGGGAGGGACCGCGGCGGGACCGGGCGGUGUGGACCUCCCUCCCCCAGGUCCCCAAACCUGCGGAUGCCAGAGCCUUGCUGGGCUGAGACCCAACACGGACCCCUGCAGGACAAAGACUGGAUUUUUUACUGACUUAUUUCUGAGGAGGUCAGCAUCUCUACUACGGAAGUCAUAUAGAGAAAAGGAACUACUUACUAUCUCUGAUGAACACAGGUUGCCUGAGUGGACAAUGUUCCAUGUUCUGUGGACAGCGUGGGCUGUGGGCACCAUGAUUGGCCUCUCCCAGGAAGGACCUCCAGAUCAGACAUCUCUGUCAUGUGACCGUGCUGGUGUCUGCGAUGGGCGUUCCAGGUCUUUUACCUCCAUUCCCUCAGGCCUCACGGCAGCGGUGCAGAGCCUUGACCUGUCCAACAACAAGAUCACCUACGUGGGCCAGGGCGACCUGCAGAGCUGUGUGAAGCUUCGAGCUCUGGUGCUGCAGUCCAAUGAGAUCAGCACCAUAGAGAAGGAUGCUUUUUCCUCCCUGCGCAGCCUUGAGCUCUUGGACUUGUCUGACAACCAGUUGUUGAACUUAUCCUCCUCUUGGUUCCAACCCCUUUCUUCCUUGAAAUUCUUAAACAUAAUGAAAAAUCCUUACAGAACACUCGGGGACGUACCUCUUUUUUCUCACUUGACCAAUUUACAAACCUUGAAGGUGGGAAGUAUCCACACCUUACUGAUAAAGAGAGUAGAUUUUGCUGGACUCACAUUUCUUGAGGAACUUGAAAUCAUUGCAUCAAAUCUCCAGAGUUAUGAGCCAGGAAGUUUCAAGUCAAUUCAAAACAUCAGUCAUCUGACCCUUCACCUCAAUCAGCCAAUUUUCUUGGGAGAGAUUUUUGGAGAUCUUUUAAGUUCUGUGGAAUAUUUGGAAUUGAGGGAUACCAAUUUGAACAGUUUUCAGUUUUCAGGACUCUCUGUCACUGAAACAAAUCCCUUGAUUAGAAAGUUGACAUUCAGAAAUGCACUAUUCACUGAUGCCAGUUUUAAUGGAGUUCUGAGACUUCUGCAGUAUGCUUCCACACUGGUGGAAUUGGAAUUUGAUGGCUGCACUCUUAAUGGUGUUGGAGACUUUGAGCCAUCUGAUGUGGAGGAAAUCAGAGACCUACGUAAUAUAGAAACCAUAACGAUCCGGAGAUUGCAUAUUCCACAGUUCUACUUAUUUUAUGAUCUAAGUACAGUCUAUUCACUUGCAGGAAGUGUGAAACGAGUCACUGUUGAAAACAGUAAAGUGUUUCUGGUUCCUUGCUCCUUCUCACAGCAUUUGAAAUCAUUGGAAUAUUUGGAUCUCAGUGAAAAUCUGAUGGUUGAAGAAUAUUUGAAAAAUUCAGCCUGUGAGGGGAGCUGGCCCUCCCUACAAGUCUUAAUUUUAAGGCAAAAUCACUUGACAUCUAUAGAAGAAACAGGGAAAAUUUUACUGACUCUGAAAAAUCUGACCAGCCUUGAUCUCAGUAGGAAUAGUUUUCAUUCGAUGUCUGAAACCUGCCAAUGGCCAGAAAAGAUGAAAAGCUUGAACUUAUCUAGCACCCAAAUACACAGCUUAACUCGCUGUGUCCCACAGACACUGGAAGUUUUAGAUGUGAGCAAUAACAAUCUCAAUUCAUUUUCUUUGUUUUUGCCUCAACUUAAAGAACUUUAUAUUUCCCAAAAUAAGUUGAAUACUCUACCGGAUGCCUCCUUCUUACCUGUAUUACUAGUCCUGAAGAUCAGCAGGAAUACAAUAAGUACUUUCUCUAAGGAGCAACUGGAUUCUUUUCACAAACUGAAGGUUCUAGAAGCUGGUGGAAACAACUUCAUCUGUUCCUGUGAACUCUUAUCUUUCACCCAAGAGCAGCCAGCGCUGGCCGAGGUCCUGAUUGACUGGCCAGACAAUUACCUGUGUGAUUCCCCAUCCUAUUUGCGGGGACAGCGGAUUCAGGACACCCAGCUGUCCAUCUCUGAGUGCCACAAGACAGCAGUGUUGUCUGGUGUGUGCUGUGUCCUUCUCCUGUUGAUUCUGCUCACUGGGGGCCUGUGUCACCGUUUCCAUGGUGUGUGGUACAUGAAAAUGAUGUGGGCCUGGCUGCAGGCCAAGAGAAAGCCCAGAAAAACCCCCAUCAGGGACAUCCACUAUGAUGCCUUUGUUUCCUACAGUGAGCAGGAUUCCUACUGGGUGGAGAACCUGAUGGUCCAGGAGCUUGAGCACUUUAACCCCCCCUUCAAGCUGUGUCUCCACAAGCGGGACUUCGUCCCUGGCAAGUGGAUCAUUGACAACAUCAUUGACUCAAUCGAAAAGAGCCACAAAACUGUCUUUGUGCUUUCAGAAAACUUUGUGAGGAGCGAGUGGUGUAAGUAUGAACUGGACUUCUCUCACUUCCGGCUCUUCGACGAGAACAAUGAUGCUGUCAUUCUUGUUCUUCUGGAGCCCAUUGAGAAGAAAACCAUUCCCCAGCGCUUCUGUAAGCUGCGGAGGAUCAUGAACACCAAGACCUACUUGGAAUGGCCCAGGGACGAAGCUCUACAGGAGGGGUUUUGGGUCAAUCUGAGGAUUGCAAUAAAAUCCUAGAUUCUUCACUGAUGGCCAGUUAAUUAUGACCCAGGCAUUAUCAUGAUACCACUAGUUAUAACUCAGUUCAGGCUAACAGAAUUAGAUAAUAUUCACAGUAUGUACUGUCACUUGAAGACUUAACUAAAACUACUAAUCCUGUAAGCUUUAUUUAAUAGUGUUGGACUAUAAAAUCUGUUACCAGAUCAGGGGAAGAAAAUGGGUUUUGGCUUUUCUUCAUUCUGUAAGAUAGUUGUGAUCUGAAUCCAUCAGUGAUAUCUGAAUCCUCUGCGCCAUUGGCUUGGAUCAUCAGGAAGCAGCACAAAUGAUUGAUUGUAUUUGGCCAUUCCAGUAGGCUUCUGUAAAGCGACAUGUGGGUAGUCACACAGAGCAGGCUCUGCUCCACCCACCUGUCACCUCUCCCUAAGUUGAUCUAAACAAAACCAGGCAAGGUAUUUGUGAACUCAGCAAGGUUUGUUGCUAUUCCUAGGAAAGGCUGUGUGUUCUCAUGAAUUCUUCAGCAUACAGAAUACCUGGCAGGGGUGUUUCCAAGUGAUCUGGGUCUGUGCUUCUGGGUAUGUGAAUUUCUCCAGGCAUAAUUGGAAGAGAGUAUGUAACAGAAGAUGCCAGAACAAAACUGUUGGAGUAGAUGAAAUAUUUAGGAGAAUUUGAAAGAAAUCUCCCUAUCAGAUCUGAUCUUUUUUGGCCUUAAUCCACAUGUCAAAUUCUAAUUAGCAACUAGUUCUCUUAUUUCCUGUUCCCCUA